AUGUCCGAAAAGGAGGAAGCUAUCUUCCGUUCAGCAGAGAUGUCUCUGUUGCAGUUCUACAUCCCCCAAGAAAUCUCUCGUGAUGCAGUCUAUACAUUAGGUGAACUUGGUAUCGUUCAAUUCCGUGAUUUGAAUUCCAAAGUUAGAAGUUUCCAGCGUUCUUUCGUUGCUGAAAUCAGAAGACUGGAUAACGUUCAAAGACAACAUCGUUAUUUCUUUAAAUUAUUACAGAAGCAUGGCGUGCCUUUGUUUGAAGACCCAAAUUUGAUGUUCCCCGAUGAUACUGAAGCUGGCACUGAUGUUGCUAGUCAUGGUCCUCAUUUACCAAUCAGUAGUUCCAUCAUUGAUGAACACGUUCAAAACGGAGCUUUGCUCGAAGAGAGAUUGAUUCAAAUGGAGAGCGCUGCAGACCAAAUUCAAUUGAAGAGAGCAGACUUGGAACAAUACAGGGCAGUCCUACAAUCUGGUGAUGAAUUCUUCUCCACCGAGGAUGCUGCUCAAACUUCUAUUGCUUCAUUAAGAAGAGAAAGUAUAAUCAGUGAGGGUAGAGGUCUUGCUGAUGAUAGUGCAAUCAGAACUCAUGUCAAUUAUGUGACUGGUGUGAUUCCAAAGGAUAAAGUAAACACUUUGGAGCAAAUUCUAUGGAGAACAUUGAGGGGUAAUUUAUACUUCAAACAUAUAGAACUAACUGAUCCAUUCUAUGAUUCAGUCACUAAAAAUUUUGUUCAAAAGGAAGCAUUUAUUAUCUUUUCUCCAGGUGAUCUUAUCAUUCAAAGAAUUAGAAAGAUUGCUGAAUCCCUUGAUGCUAAUUUGUAUGAUAUUGAUAACAAUGAACAUAUUAGAUCUCAACAAUUAAGUACAAUUAACCAAAAUCUAGAUGAUUUAUACAAGGUUCUUGACACUACAAACAAAACCCUAGAGAGCGAAUUAUAUGCUAUUGGUAAUGAAUUGAACAAAUGGUACCAAGAUGUCUCUAAAGAAAAACUGACCUUCGAAACUUUGAACAAAUUCAAUUUUGAUUCUAACAGAAAGACAUUGAUUGCUGAAGGUUGGGUUCCAACUGACGAAAUUGAUUGUUUACAAGAUGCUUUAUCCGAGAUGACCACUAGAUUAGGAAUCGACGUCCCAUCUAUCAUUCAAUCUCUGGAAACCAACAGAACUCCUCCAACUUUCCACAGAACCAACAAGUUCACUGCAGGGUUCCAAAGUAUCGUCGACUGUUAUGGUAUUGCCCAAUACAGAGAAAUCAAUGCCGGUCUUCCAACUAUUGUUACUUUCCCAUUCAUGUUCGCUAUUAUGUUCGGUGAUAUGGGUCAUGGUUUUAUCAUGUUCUUAGCAGCUUUAGUCCUUGUCUUAAACGAAAAGAAAUUGAAUAGAAUGAAGAGGGAUGAAAUUUUCGAUAUGGCUUUCACUGGUAGAUAUAUUGUCUUACUGAUGGGUUUGUUCUCAAUGUACACUGGUUUCCUAUAUAACGAUGUUUUCUCCAAAUCGAUGACCCUUUUCAAGUCAGGCUGGGAAUGGCCAGAACACUUCCAAAAAGGUGAAACCUUAUUUGCCAAGUCAGUUGGUACUUAUGCGUUUGGUUUAGAUUGGGCAUGGCACGGUACUGAGAAUGCAUUACUAUUCUCUAAUUCCUACAAGAUGAAACUUUCUAUCCUAAUGGGUUUCAUCCAUAUGUCUUAUUCUUACAUGUUUUCUCUUGCCAAUCAUCUAUACUUUGAUUCUAUGAUUGAUAUCAUUGGUAAUUUCAUUCCAGGUUUAAUUUUCAUGCAAGGUAUCUUUGGUUAUCUAUCUAUUUGUAUUGUUUACAAGUGGUCUAAGGAUUGGAUCAAGGAUGGUAAAGCAGCUCCAGGGUUAUUGAAUAUGUUAAUUAAUAUGUUCUUAGCUCCAGGUACUAUUGAUGAUGAAUUAUACCCACAUCAAGCUAAGGUUCAAGUUUUCUUGUUGAUUGCUGCUUUAAUUUGCAUCCCAUGGUUAUUAUUAGUUAAGCCAUUACAUUUCAAGUUUACACACAAGGAUGAAUGUGCAAUCGCAUUACCAACUGCUGACGAUAUUGAACAUAAUGCGUCUACUGAGGAAAAUGGUGAUCGUGAAUUCAGUAAUGAAGAAGUUGAUGAAAUAUAUGAAGGUGCUGAUGACGACGAAGGUGAAGGGCAUCAUGGUGAAGAGUUCAGUGAUAUUAUGAUCCAUCAAGUCAUCCAUACCAUUGAAUUCUGUUUGAAUUGUGUCUCCCACACUGCCUCUUACUUACGUCUAUGGGCUUUAUCCUUAGCUCAUGCUCAACUAUCAACUGUCUUAUGGACCAUGACCAUUCAAAUUUCAUUUGAUAUGAAAGGUAUCGUUGGUGUUCUAAUGACAUUUUUCCUUUUUGCCAUGUGGUUUGUCCUAACAUGUGCUGUUUUGGUUGUCAUGGAAGGUACAUCUGCCAUGUUACAUUCUUUGCGUCUACAUUGGGUUGAAUCGAUGUCUAAGUUUUUCGUUGGUGAUGGUAUUCCAUAUGAACCAUUUGUCUUUGGUUAUAAUGAUAUGGAGGUUGCCGUAGAAAGCAUUAAUGCAAGCACUAGUGAUUAA